UGAAGAACAGACUCUUGGGCAGAAAGACUCAGGACCCAAAGCAGCUUCCCACCCCUGCAGCCUGUGGCCCAGCAGGGCCUUGGUCCUCACUAACUCUGCUCCUUGGCUGUGAAAUGAGAUAAUGAACUUGACCUCCCAGCAUCCUGAGCAGUCAAGAUUCGGAAUGCCCGCCCCCCACUAGGCCAAGUGGAGGGGGUCCCCCCGCCCAAUGGGCCUGGCCAGGGCCCUGCGCCGCCUCAGCGGCGUCCAGGAGUCGGGGGACAGCCGGGCAGGUGAUGAAGAGGAGGCCGGGCCAGGGCUGUGCGGCAACGGGUGGGCGCCGGCACAGUCCCCCGUGGGCCCACGCCGCGGUCGCUUUGUCAAAAAGGACGGGCACUGCAACGUGCGCUUCGUGAACCUGGGCGGCCAGGGCGCGCGCUACCUGAGCGACCUGUUCACCACGUGCGUGGACGUGCGCUGGCGCUGGAUGUGCCUGCUCUUCUCCUGCUCCUUCCUGGGCUCCUGGCUGCUCUUCGGCCUGGCCUUCUGGCUCAUCGCCUCGCUGCAUGGUGACCUGGCCGCCCCUCCACCCCCGGCCCCCUGCUUCUCGCAGGUGGCUAGCUUCCUGGCCGCCUUCCUCUUUGCACUGGAGACGCAGACAUCCAUCGGCUACGGCGUGCGCAGCGUCACCGAGGAGUGCCCGGCCGCCGUGGCCGCCGUGGUGCUGCAGUGCAUCGCCGGCUGCGUGCUCGACGCGUUUGUCGUGGGUGCCGUCAUGGCCAAGAUGGCCAAGCCCAAGAAGCGCAACGAGACCCUCGUCUUCAGCGAGAACGCGGUGGUGGCGCUUCGGGACCACCGCCUCUGCCUCAUGUGGCGCGUGGGCAACCUGCGCCGCAGCCACCUGGUGGAAGCCCAUGUGCGGGCCCAGCUGCUGCAGCCCCGAGUGACCCCGGAGGGUGAGUACAUCCCGCUGGACCACCAGGAUGUGGAUGUGGGCUUUGACGGAGGCACCGAUCGCAUCUUCCUCGUGUCCCCCAUCACCAUCGUGCAUGAGAUCGACUCUGCUAGUCCUCUGUAUGAGCUGGGACGGGCCGAGCUGGCCCGGGCCGACUUCGAGCUAGUGGUCAUCCUUGAGGGCAUGGUUGAGGCCACAGCCAUGACCACACAGUGUCGCUCAUCUUACCUCCCUGGCGAGCUACUCUGGGGCCAUCGUUUUGAGCCAGUCCUCUUCCAGCGUGGCUCCCAGUAUGAGGUCGACUAUCGCCACUUCCAUCGCACUUAUGAGGUCCCAGGGACACCUGUCUGCAGCGCCAAGGAGCUGGACGAACGGGCAGAACAGGCUUCCCACAGCCCCAAGUCUAGCUUCCCUGGCUCUCUGGCUGCAUUUUGUUAUGAAAAUGAACUUGCUCUGAGCUGCUGCCAGGAGGAGGAGGAGGAAGAGGAGGCCAAGGAGGGGCCUGGGGAAGAGACAGAAGAUGGAGCUGCCAGCCCCCGAGUUCUUACACCAACCCUGGCACUGACCCUGCCCCCAUGAUACAAGCUGAUGUCCCUUUCCCCACUUGUGCCCCCUUUCCGUGGAGAGGUUGGGCCCUCUUACUGGGAUAUGGGCACGUAUUUCCCAAGACCAACAGGCCUACUGGUUGAAUCAUUAGUUGGUGAGGUUUUGCCAUGUCUAGUGGGCCCACCACAGACAUGCUACCGGACCUUAAUUCCUCUGCUUCUGUGCUCCCUCCUGGGACCCCUUCAUGGGUCUUACCAGAGCUGAAGGAUCCAGAAAUUCUGAACCCAAAGGGCAAGGACUGGUGGUUCUAGAGUCCUCUACGAGAUUGGGCUAGUUGUUGAACAGGGUCAGAAGUCAAUGGGAGAGACUGCCUCUGGGAAGUUGGCAGUUCAAGAGCUGUAGGUCUGGAGUGACCUAAGAGUCAAGAGACUACUGCUUCUUGACUCAGCCAACUGAGAAGCAAGUCAUUUUUCUGGAUCACCUCAGGAGGGAAGGUUGAGGGAUCCUCCAGGUAUUCAAUCUCCAUUGACCAAAGGAAAAGAAGGCAACUUCAUGUCAAGAAAAGACCCUAUGAUUCGAGAAAGCCUGGGAGUUAAGGUGUUCUGUGAGUCUCUGUUGACCAUAGAGGCAAACACUGGUGAUUCUAGAACAAGUUGACCUAGAGAGUUGAACUACUCCAGAUACAGAGUGAUGUGUCUAGAAUGCAUGAAACAAUGAUGAGUCUGUGGCUUUAGAAGGACCAAAGUGACCGACUGGGAGUUCUUGGUGUUAUAAAACUCCAGACCGCUGGUUUUAGAGCAUUCAGCUGAGGGAUAAGCACUGCUUGUAAAUGUUGUUUCUGUUUGAAGUGCCCUUCUAGAAUGUCCAAAGGAGUUGGGAUUCUGUGGCUCUCAGUUGAUCACGGAGUCAAGGAAGGAGUGGUGGUUCUAGAUGUUUACCAUUUGCUGGUCCAAGAUUGCCUGAUAUAGUUGAGAACCUCGAUGAUCCUAGUUAACUUCUUGUGGUUCUGUAGUGCCAAAAAGGAAUCACAGUUCCGGGGAUCCAGAGUAUCCUUCCUCAAAGCCUGGAGGUUCUAAUUACCUCCAGACAGGCUGCUGGUACUUCUAGGAAAUGGACUCAGGACUUGCUAAGUAGCAUUUCUGGUAUCUCCCAGCAGGUGAGGGUUUGGGUGAGACCUGGAUGUCGCAGGCCUAAUUAGUGGUCAAGGGAAGGGGAAAGUCCAAGGCUCUGGGAUACUACACCUAAUGAUGUGUCUCUGUUUCUUAAAGAUGUUAUACAUAUGUGUAUUAUAUAUGUACAUAUAUAUAUAUAUAUA